GUCCAAUCUCAUUAAAUAGGAGAAGAAAUGGAAAGUGGAAGCAAAACAAAACAAGAGUGUGUGUGUGAGAGAUGGUUAUGGCUUCGUGGAAGAAGCUGGUGUUGUUGUUGUUGAUCUUUCUCUGCACUUGUAAAGCACAGGAGGAACAGAGCUCCACCCCGGUGUACCUGUACCAUAACUGUUCCGGCGGCAACACCACCGCCAACAGUGCCUACCAACUCAACCUGAGGACCCUCCUCACUUCCCUGUCUUCCAACGCCACCACCACCGAAUUCUCCAACAACACCGUGGGACUGGGAACAUCCCCGUCCGACAGGGUGUACGGCCUGUUCAUGUGCAGGGGUGACGUGCCCUCUGCUCUGUGCCAACAGUGCGUGGUGAACGCAACGGGGCGUCUCCGCUCCCAGUGCUCCCUGGCCAAACAGGCCGUCAUUUGGUACGACGAGUGCACCGUGCGGUACUCGAACCGCUCCUUCUUCUCCACAGUGGACACGCGGCCACGUGUCGGCCUCCUGAACACCGCCAACAUCUCCAACCAGGAUUCCUUCAUGCGCCUGCUUUUCCAAACCAUAAACAGAACCGCUGACGAGGCUGCAAACUUUUCCGUGGGUUUGAAGAAAUACGCAGUGAAUCAAGCCAACAUUUCUGGGUUUCAGUCUCUAUACUGUUUGGCUCAGUGCACGCCGGAUCUGUCCCAGGAAAACUGUAGAAGUUGUCUGAGUGGUGUGAUUGGAGACCUUCCUUGGUGCUGUCAGGGAAAGCAGGGAGGAAGGGUUCUCUAUCCUAGCUGUAAUGUCAGGUACGAGCUCUACCCUUUCUACCGCGUCACUGCUUCCCCUCCUUCAUCUUCACCUUCACCGCCAACACUUCUUCCUCCUCCAACUUCACCAAUUUCCCCAGGAAGCAGUGGGAUCUCAGCUGGAACGAUUGUUGCAAUUGUGGUUCCAAUUACGGUCGCUGUGCUUAUAUUUAUAGUCGGAAUUUGUUUCUUGAGUAGAAGAGCAAGGAAGAAGCAGCAGGGUUCUGUAAAGGAAGGAAAAACUGCGUAUGACAUCCCCACUGUGGACUCCUUGCAAUUCGAUUUCAGCACAAUUGAAGCGGCCACAAACAAGUUCUCUGCCGAUAACAAGUUGGGGGAAGGUGGAUUUGGUGAGGUUUACAAGGGCACUCUUUCGAGUGGACAAGUAGUAGCUGUCAAGAGACUCUCCAAAAGCUCUGGACAAGGUGGAGAAGAAUUUAAGAAUGAAGUGGUGGUGGUUGCCAAGCUUCAACAUAGAAAUUUAGUCAGGCUUCUUGGGUUUUGCUUGCAAGGAGAAGAGAAGAUACUUGUUUAUGAAUAUGUGCCCAACAAAAGUCUCGACUAUAUUCUCUUUGAUCCUGAAAAGCAAAGGGAGUUGGAUUGGGGGAGACGUUACAAGAUUAUUGGAGGGAUUGCUCGAGGCAUUCAAUACCUUCAUGAAGAUUCUAGGCUUAGAAUUAUACAUCGUGAUCUUAAAGCUAGUAACAUAUUGUUGGAUGGAGAUAUGAAUCCGAAAAUCUCAGAUUUUGGCAUGGCAAGAAUAUUUGGAGUCGAUCAAACUCAAGGAAACACCAGCAGAAUAGUAGGGACUUAUGGUUACAUGGCUCCAGAGUAUGCCAUGCAUGGAGAGUUCUCUGUUAAGUCUGACGUGUACAGUUUUGGAGUCCUGCUCAUGGAGAUUUUAAGUGGCAAGAAGAAUAGCUCUUUCUAUCAAACGGAUGGUGCUGAGGAUCUAUUGAGCUAUGCUUGGCAACUUUGGAAGGAUGGAACACCUUUGGAACUGAUGGACCCCAUAUUAAGAGAAUCCUAUAAUCAGAAUGAAGUCAUCAGAAGCAUCCAUAUUGGUUUGUUGUGUGUCCAAGAAGAUCCAGCUGACAGACCCACAAUGGCAACAAUAGUUCUUAUGCUAGACAGUAACACUGUUACUCUACCAACUCCUACGCAGCCUGCAUUUUUCGUCCACAGUGGAACUGAUCCAAACAUGCCAAAGGAGCUGCCAUUCGAUCAAUCAAUACCAAUGUCUGUGAAUGACAUGUCGAUUAGCGAAAUGGAUCCUCGAUAAGCUUGAUCGCUUGGAGGUUCUAAUAUGUAUUAUUAUCCAUGUACUUAUUUCUCCUAGUUUUAAAUGACGAAACCUUGGAACACUUUGUAUUAUAGUUGCUUAUUUUUCAACUAAAUAAAAUAUAUGUAUUAUGCAGGUAAGCCGUAUAUUUUAUUUUAUGCAAGACAAUUAUUGUUUUCUCCCCGACGAAUGUGAGUUCCUGAAAUGUAUCGAACAUAGUAAAGACUUGUUGA